GGAAGGAGAAACUAACUUUAGCUGAGCUGUUGUGUGUUUUUGUCUCCAUGCAAUAAAAUGGCAGAAGCCAGAAUUUCAGUGGAUCAGGAUGAAUUCAUCUGUCCAGUGUGUCUGGAUCUGCUAAAGGAUCCAGUGGCUAUUCCCUGUGGACACAGUUACUGUAAGAGCUGUAUUACAGGCUGCUGGGAUCGGGAGGAUCAUAAGAGAGUCUACAGCUGCCCUCAGUGCAGACAGACCUUCAGUCCAAGACCUGCUUUAGCUAAAAACACUAUGCUGGCUGAAGUGGUGGAGAAACUGAAGACGACUAAACUUCCUGCUGACUGUUACGCUGGAGCUGGAGAUGUGCAGUGUGAUGUCUGUACUGGACAAAAACACAAAGCCGUCAAGUCCUGUCUGCUGUGUCUGAACUCUUACUGUCAAACUCACCUUGAACAACAUGAGAAUUUCUUUAAAGGAAAGACACACAAAUUAACUGAAGCCACUGGACGACUGCAGGGGAUGAUCUGCCAGAAACAUAACAAGCGCCUUGAAGUUUUCUGUCACACUGAUCAGAAAUGUAUAUGUGUGCUGUGUACGAUGGAUGAACAUAAAAACCACAAUACUGUAUCAGCUGCAGCACAGAGGACAGUGAAACAGAACCAGCUGAAGGAGAUGCAGAGAAGCUGCCAGCAGAGAAUUCAGCAGAGAGAGAAGGAUUUUAAGCAGCUGAAAGAGGCGGUGGAGUCUCAUAAGCACUCUGCACAGACAGCAGUGCAUGACAGUGAGAGGAUCUUCACUGAGCUUAUCCGCUCCAUUAAGAGAACCCGCUCUGAGCUGAUUCGGCUGAUCAGAGAUCAGGAAAAGACUGCAGUGAGUCGAACUGAAGGACGAUUGGAGCAACUGAAACAGGAGAUCAGUGAUCUGAGGAGAAGAGACACUGAGCUGGAACAGCUUUCGCAAACACAGGAUCACAUCCAUUUCCUGCAGAGUUUCCAGUCUCUCUCAGCACCUCCUGAAUCUACAGACGUAACUGACAAUCCCUUCAAUUCUGUCUUCUCUUUUGAUGGCAUGAGAGAAUCUGUCCUUAAGCUGAGAGAAAAAUUAGAGGAUUUCUGCAAAGAGGAGUUUAAAAAGAUCUCUGACAAAGUCACUUUUACCAACAUUGUUCUCAGGACCAGGAAUGACUUCCUACAAUAUUCCUAUCACCUCACUCUGGAUCCAAACACAGUGAAUAAACAUUUGCGUCUGUCGAAGAAGAACAGAGUGAUUACUGGUGCUCGCAAUGUCCUGCUAAGUCCUGAUCAUCCAGACAGAUUUGAUAGAUAUAUUCAGCAAGUGUUGUGUAGAGAGAGUGUGUGUGGACGCUGUUACUGGGAGAUUGAGUGGAGUGGGAUAUUUGGUGUAGAUAUAUCAGUGUCAUAUAAGAGCAUCAGCAGAAAGGGAGGCAAAGAGUGUUUGUUUGGACAUAAUGAUCAGUCCUGGAGUUUGUCCUGCUCUCCCUCGAGAUACUCAUUCUGGCACAAUAACAUAGUGACUGAUCUGUCAGUAGUGUCCAGUUGUAGAACAGGAGUGUAUGUGGAUGAGAGUGCAGGAACUUUGUCCUUCUACAGCGUCUCUGACACAAUGAACCUCAUCCACGCAGUCCAGACCACAUUCACUCAGCCGCUCUAUCCUGGGUUUGGUGUUGGUAAUAAAUCAUCAGUUAAACUAUGUGACUUAUCAAAAGUAGAUUAGAGAGAUUCAACCCAUAAUACUUUGAGCUGCAUGAUAAAACAGUAACAAGGUGAGUCAGAUUUAUUUAUACAGUGCUUUAUACAAUACAGAUUGCUUCAGCUUUACAGUAGUAAACAGAAAUUCAGCAGCAUCACAACUUCUGUUUAAACUGUACAGCAGCUCUGCAGAAGAUGAUAUAUCAGCAUUAUACAGAUUCAGUUCAAUUAUUUGAUUGUUUCAAGCAUAGCUAGCAUAGCUAAGGUGCAGUUUCUCUCUGUAGUAUCAAAACAGUCUAACUGUUAUUCUAAUUUACUGCAUAAGUCAAUGUUUUUGUAAAAAGAUAUUAAAAUGUAAAGCAACCCCUUCUCCUUGGAGACUGGCAUGAAAAUUAAAGGCUGAGAUCACAGAAUUAGGGAUUGUAGUCUAUGUAGCAGGCUGAAAUCAUGGAGGUUCAGACUGUAAUACAACCAGCAAAAGUCUGGCUUAUGGACAAGAGUGUCUGCAUGAUGAUUUUGCACCUCCAUGAAGUUGUAACCCCAUAAAAUGAAAUAAUCACCAAAACGAUGCCAUUCAUUUGUACUAUGUUGGGGAACUAUUUUAUUAUUUUGUGACAUUUAUGUCACUUUCAUUCACAAGUUAAUUCCUUAAUUCAUAAAUAAUUCCUUUCUGUAUAUUAUACUGCAUAAACAGAACAUACACAUCUUAUAUGAACUAUAAUUCAAGUCUUUUGAAGUCAUUCAGUUAGAUUUAAGUCAUGUCAUCUGUCCUAUAUUUGCCAUGUUCAGUUAUUGCUAUCCGUCUUUUAAUUAGUGAAUGUACUGUUCUUUCGAGCUGGAUUUUUUUUAUUCAGUUCACAACAUUAUUUCAGUAAGUCUUACUUAAUGAGUGUGACUGAUAUAUACAUUGGAGAUCAAAAUGAAAGAACAACCUACAAUUUCCUAAAUUUCAAGGUCACUGCUUAGUAGGGUUGGGUAUCGUUUGAAUUUUAUUGAUUCCGAUUCCGAUUCCGCCUCUUUUCGAUUCCCAGUUUCGAUUCCAAUGUGAUUAAAUAAUGAUAUCAAACAUUUAUCCUGUGUCUCUUUUUUGCAAACCAUUUAUUGGAGCUGAAUACCAUGAACAAAAACAACAGGCUACAUAAAAACUGGACUCUUUAAGAGCUGUUUGUGUUCAAAAUAGAACUGCAUGAUUCCGGAUAAAAAAAAUUUUUUCCCACCAAUGGAAGUUGUGGUUCUCCCAUGAUUCUGAAGAAAAAAAUAUUAGACAACUAAACAAAAUCACAUGUAAUUUAUGAAUGACUCACUCAAGAUGUACUUUCAUUACUGGAUGAAUCAGCGUCCUUGAACGAAUCUCUUGUAUGUUUCAAAGACAUUUUAACAGACCCUUUUCGCUACCUACUGGCAUAACAAUGUAAUCGAUAAAUAUUCAUUUGAAGUGUCAAAUUACUUUCCAAAGGAGAUUUACUCUAUUUUAAUCGCUACCGUACAUAUCAGAGUUUAUAUCUGAACUAUAAAAUUUUAUAACAGUGCUUCUGUGAUUUGAAUGUUUUAACACAGAAAUAAUGUGUGGUUGAAAAGACUGUGAAUCUGUUUCAUUCAUGACAGCUGCUCUCUUUAGGGCAGCGGCAGCGCGAACGCAGAUUUAAAUGCUCAAAUCACACUGGUGUAAUUGUACGCUGCACGGACGAACCAAGUGAUCACAACAUUGUGAUUGCACACGUCAAAGGUUGAGGAAUGAAACAGAUGAAUCAUUUUAAUUUAGGAAUAGAAUCACGUUGGUGUUUGAAUCAUGUUCGCAAUCUUUAACGAUCUAUUAAAUUAAUGUCAUGAUGGUGGUGACACCUCUCUUGCAACAUGUUUAGCUAUCACAGAUAUUAUACUUAGCUUUUUUGGCUUCUGAUCGCAAAUGUAGCGAAACUUUGGAGCGCUUAGAUUAGCGAGCAAGGUCCUGGGUGAUCGUUAGGUCACACCGGUCUUCACAGAUUAAUUUUUAAAAAAGCGCAUAGGAAUUGAUAGGCGGAAUCGAAAUUUUAAUUUGACAAGUAUCCGAUUCCUGACCUUAAGUAUCCUAUUCUGGAAUCGGAAUCGAUUUUCGAUUCCCAACCCUACUGCUUAGUCACUUCUUCACUGCUUAACUUGAAGUUACACUAACAGGAGUAGAAUGACAGUUUAAAUCAUAUUUUAUAAAUUAAUUGUAUUAUAAAGCACAGUAUAAAAAAAAACUUAAAUGAGAUAUUUAAAAAAAUAACUGAUCAAAAUUAGAGAACACUUACAGAUGGUGCUAAUUUCCUUAAUUAUAUGACAAACCCUAUUUAACUGGCAGCAUUCCUCUAAUUUUCACUAAGGUUGCUAGAUGGCAGGCUGCUCUAAUGUGAUUGAAAUCCUGUGACAGGAGGCAGUCCAGAUGAAGGCCAAAGGGUUUGCCCUUUCAGCCAUUACAAGAGAAGUUGGUUGUUCCAAAUCUGUGAUUUCUAGAAUAUUGCAGCUUUACAGUGACACUAAUUCAUUCAAGUCCCCCAAAAAGGCUGUUCAUGCACGUAAGACAAAUGCAAGAGAAGGCAGUGUAAUAUGGACACUCUCAAUGGGGAAUCAGUUCAGUGCUGAAAAGGGUAAGGAUCUAUCUCAGCGAGUUUAAGAAAAGUUGGACUGAAAGCCCACUCUGCAGUGACGAAGCUUCUCAUCAGCAAAACGAAUCAGAAAGUUAGGCUCAAUUUUGCUGAAGGGCAUGUUGUGUGGAGAAAGGAGAACUGGUCCAAAGUUCACUUAGUGAUGAGAGCAAGUGUAAUUUAUUUGGGUCAAAUGGCAAACAUUUUGUUCGCCAUCAAACUGGGGAAAGACUGAAGCCCAAGUGUGUUAAGAAGUAAGUGAAAGGUGGAGGAGGACGUGUCAUGUUUUGGGGGAUGUUUUCUGCAGCAAGUGUUGGGCCUCUUAUACAGCUACAUGGCAGAGUGAAUGCAAAUGUUUAUCAGAACCUCCUUCAGCAACAUGCUGAUCCUUCCCUGCAAUCAUCUCCCAAUUAGCCUGCUAAUUUUGUGCAAGACAAUGCCCCUGUCACAGCAAAACAGGUAAAGCAGUUCCUUGAAGCUAAGAACAUUGAAAUAAUGAAAUGUCCAGCCCAGAGUCCUGAUCUAAACCAGAUUAAAAAUCUCUGGAAAAUCCUUGGCGAAAAAGUUAUAGCUAAGAAACCCACUACAGAGAAGAGACUGGAAGAAGAGUGAACCAACAUCACACCAGAACGGUGUGAGAGACUACACUGCAAAAAAUGGCUUAUCUUACUUAGUAUUUUUGUCUUGUUUCUAAUUAAAAUAUCAACAAAAAAAAAAUCAAGAUCAAAAUCUUUUCCUAGAUAAGCAAAAUGACAAAAUAUUUAGUCUUGUUUCCAGGGGCAAAAGACUAAAUUAAGUACAUUUUGCUUAAAGAGUAUUUUACUUACCCCACUGGCAGAUAAUUUUACUUGUUUUAAGCAAAAUGCACUUAAUUUAGUUUUUUUUCCCUCCUGGAAACAAGACUAAAUAUCUUAUGUAAUUUUGCUUAUCUGGUAAAAGUAUCUUGAUUUAAGAAUUUUCUGAUAUUUUGACUAGAAACAAGACAAAAAUACUAAGUAAGAUAAGCCAUUUUUUGCAGUGUAGUGAUGUCCUGCAGCCAUCAGAUAUGCUGAAGUCAUUCAAAGCGAGGACCUCUACACUUCCUACUAAUUUCCGACAGCUGUAACCCUCCAAAAUUUUAGUUGAAAUCUUCUUUCGUGCUACAGUGGUUACUGUUCUCUAAUUUUGAUCACUGUGUUUUCCACAAAAUGAAGGUUUUUGUUGAAAUGCAUUGGUUAUUUUGUCAAACAUGUUAGUGGAACAGUGAUAUACUUACAGCUAAUAUUCCUUCAAAUUUUGAGCGAUGAAGAUUAUCAAUAUUUCAGUAAAAAUAAAGUAUUUAUAAAUUGUUCUCUAAUUUUGAUCUCCACUGUAUUGUUCUGCGUUCACUGACUUUUUAAGUAACUGAAAAUAUUGACAAUUCAGUCACACAAUGGAACACAAUUUUUUUUUUUUUUUUUUGUCAUUUUGGAGAUUGGUGGGUUACUUUACAUAACAUCUUGCCUUCAUUGGCAUGAAAAGUACAUUGCUGUGCAUAUUAAUGUGUAAUAAUCUCAUACCCUUAUUAAUGUGACCAAUAAAGUAUAAUUUGGACAUGAUUAUGUUUUUUUUUAAAGUAUAUUCUGUAAACUAUCCUGACCUUCACAUGCUUUUAUGUAUAACAUAUCUUUAUUGAGUUUUUACAAAGUUUUCAAAAACACAACACCCUUCCCCAGAACAUACCCCAGGCAGGAUUUUAAAAAACAAAUACACCCUUCUUACAUUCCAUAACUUCACACGUCUAACGAUUCUUCUAUAUCUCCAUUUUUAGCAAAGUCCAAAAACACCUCCCAAAUCUAAAAAAAUUCCAAAGGUUUCGUUUUUAUUACAUAUGUAAGCUUUUCAAGAGACAAACAUGAUAUUGUCUUUCAUCCAUAGACCAAGGGAAGGGCACUUGGUAUUUUCCCAAAACAGGGCAAUAAUAGAUACAAAUCCACCAGCUUUCUUUCUUUAGUAGACAAAGAGCAAUUGUCCACAUACAUACUCAGUACACACAAUACAGGACAUAAAGGAAUUGAAGAGGAAGUAAAUUGAGAAACAUAUUUAGUCACCCCAACCCAAAACUUCUGCACCUCCUCACAUUCCCACACACAAUGG